AUACACCCGGAAAACCAGUGAACCCUGGCGGCGUACUUGUUCAUAUCACAUGGCAGGAGGGAAAAAGAAAAACAAGGUUUCUGCUGGUAGUGUUGGGGUAAUAUUCCAGUCCUAUGAAUGUUCAUCAAGUUGUUAUAGGCAAUCCAGGCAUCCAAAUCAUUUGCAGUUGUUUCGGAGAACAAGGAGCCUAAACUUGAUUGCAGUCAAUGGCCACUAUUGUUGAAGAAUGUUCAUCUGAUGAAUGUCCGAGAAUGCCAUUUCGAGGCAGAUACCACAGGAUACUCUCCUCUACACAGACCCUUAGACGAAUACAUCAAGAGUGGAGUCAUCAACCUUGACAAACCAUGCAAUCCAUCCUCACACGAAGUAGUUGCAUGGGUUAAAAGAGCUCUCGGAGUCACUAAAACUGGUCACAGUGGCACACUGGACCCUAAAGUCUCUGGUUGUCUUAUGGUUUGUAUUGACCGUGCCACUCGCCUGGUCAAGUCUCAACAGAGUGCUGGUAAAGACUAUAUAUGUAUAUUCCGACUACACAAACCUGUGGAUGAUGUGAAGCGUAUACAGAAAGCUGUGGAGAGUCUGACAGGAGCUUUAUUCCAGCGGCCUCCACUUGUCGCGGCGGUCAAGCGUCAGCUUAGAGUUCGUACUAUUUAUGAGUGCAGAUUAUUGGAGUACAACAAGGAAGAAUGUUUAGGACUGGUGAAGGUGAGAUGUGAGGCUGGAACAUACGUUCGAACGCUGUGCGUACAUAUCGGUCUCCUCCUCGGUUGUGGAGGUGUUAUGGAAGAGCUGAGGCGGACACGGAGUGGUUUCAUAUCAGAAUCAGACAAUUUAGUUACAAUGCAUGAUGUUCUAGACGCCAAAUGGCUAUAUGAAAACAGGCGUGAUGAGACUUAUCUACGUCGUGUCAUAAUGCCACUCGAGAAGCUGCUCAUCAAACACAAGCGUAUUAUGCUCAAGGAUACGGCAGUGUGUGCUAUAUGCUUUGGCGCAAAACUAAUGUUGCCUGGCGUACUACGUUAUGACAACGACAUUAAUAUAAAUGACGAAAUAGUCUUGAUGACCACCAAAGGCGAGGCUGUAGCCCUUGCUAUCGCUCUGAUGACUACUGCUACCAUUGCAACGUGUGACCAUGGAUUGGUUGCUAAAUUGAAAAGAGUUAUAAUGGAACGUGAUCUAUACCCUCGACAAUGGGGUCGUGGUCCUGUGGCUAUGGAGCGAAAGAAACUUGUUGCUCAAGGAUUGUUGAGAAAGUUUGCAAAACCUGGUGAAGUCAUGAGUACUCCAAACUCCGUUGGGUAAAUUGUCAAUAUCACUAUCCUGUUCUAAUAUUUUCAGCGUGAAUCAGAACUCUAAAAAGGCGAAGACGGAAGAGUCAGCGGAAAAUCCAAUGCAAAAAGUGAAAGUUCCAAAACUUUCUGAGUCCGGCGAUACAAGUAAUGACGAAUCUGUAAGACAAGAAGCGGAUGCUGAAGAAGUGUCCUCGGACGACAGCGAUUAACUGCGCAUUUUUGUACAUAUGACUUGAUGAAUAAACUGCAUAUUUUCGCAACA